CACACUUGCACGCAUAUUGCAACUAACGUUAUAUGAGUCGUUAGUCUCAUAAACAGGCAAUAAAGCAAAAUGACCAGCAAGUUUAAUUCUGUUUUUUAGAGGGCUAUGGCCAUUCUCGAUAUAUGUAAAACCGAACAUAGGGAGCUCGACUCGGCCAUGCGCGGGCUGGAGACGACCCUCCGGCAAGCGCACGAGGAACACUCAGCAAGGUGCGACGCCUCGUGGAAGUUUCAGGGCGAAAGUCUUGCCAGAACCUGCCUCGGGUACCUGAUGAUGAGCUCUGACGCAAGGGCGAAACUCGCUGCCGAGAAGAGGAUGUACAUCCAGGCGCUGCAGCAGGAAAUUGCCCGUGUGACCACUAUCUUGGGAUCGUUCCCUCUCAUUGCUGCGGGCAGCCUCGUGCUGCUUGCGACCACGUUAACGCUAUAUGGAAUUGUUAAGGGACUGUGGGCUAGGUACCGUGUAACUGUGAAUAAGACUAAUUCAACUGACGAAGUAGCACAGUCAGAACCAGCGAAAGAAGUUAUUCAGUCUGAAUCAGCCAAAGAAGUUCAGUCUGAAUCAGCCGAAGAAGUUCAGUCUGAAUCAGCUGAAGAAUCAGCUGAAUCAACUGAACACGCUGUUCAGUCUGAGUCUGCCGAAAUUCAGUCUGAAUCAGCCGAAGAAGUUCAGUCUGAAUCAGCCGAAGAGUUCAGUCUGAAUCAGCCGAAGAAGUUCAGUCUGAAUCAGCCGAAGAAGUUCAGUCUGAAUCAGCCGAAGAAUCAACUGAAUCAACUGAACACGCUGUUCAGUCUGAAUCAGCCGAGGAAGUUCAGUCUGAAUCAGCUGAAGAAGUUGUUCAGUCUGAAGCAGCCGAAGAAGUUGUUCAUUCUGAAUCAGCCGAAGAAGUUCAAUCUGAAGCAGCCGAAGAAGUUGCACAGCCUGAAACAGCCGCCGAUGCUGUUCAGUCUGAACCAACCGAAGAGGUUGCUCAGCAGGGGCCGAAAGCUUCCCAACCUGAUGUUUCUCAGCCUGCGGAGGCCGCUGAACAGCACGCUUCUGAUGGGGCCGACAGCCCUAACUGGCUUGACCUCAUUAACCCUAACAAUGAAGAUCUCAUUGGCUUCACUUUGUCUCAAGAGCCUAAUCCCAAGACGCUCGCCCAGAAAGCUCUCAGGCAAUUUAAGAAGGAAGAAUAGAAGAAAGAAGCUUUGAGGCAGGAAAUUUUGAAGAAAAAGGAGAAGGAAAUGAAGGAAAGGCCAGACGGCUUCGUUGUUAUUGACGGUAACCAACACGUGG